GGCGAGCAAUCGCAGAUAAGGGCAUCGUCUGGAGCGAUAACUCACUCGGAGAGGCCAUAAGUAGGGGGGAUACGCUUAGUCCUUCGCUCGGCCGCGCUCUAUCACUCACCCAACGAGCUCGCCGCACUCGAAUCGCACAAAGUUCAAACAAAAAAGCGCAGAAUAUGUCGGAGUCUCGUCAACCGCUUCUCGCUGAAGCAGCACUCCGGAGGGCGUACGGUACAGCUAACGAUGGACCGACGGAGACGGUGUCGACCAUCUCGGACGACGUGGACGUUGGGGACGAGUUUGACUCGGCGAUUGCCGACGCCCCCUCCCGCGUCACGUUGUUCCUGUCGUUAGUCCGCGAUUCGAUUCCCGUUAUCCUCUCCUACGUACUCCAAAACUCCCUUCAGACCAUCUCGGUACUCAUAGUCGGCCGCCUGGGCCCCGAGGAGCUCUCCGCGGCGGCGUUCAGCCUCAUGUUGGCUUUCGUUACCGGCGAGUGCUGGUGCGUUGCUCUGGGCGGCACGACUGCGCUCGAUACGCUCGGUUCGCAAGCCUUCACGGGCGGGGCGCGCCGCACGGACCUUUCCGUGCACCUCCAGCGCUGUGUUGUGCUUCUCUGGCUGCUUUUCGUACCCGUAGCGGUACUUUGGUUCUGGAUAGAGCCAGUCUUACUUUCUCUCGGUCAACCGGUCGCGAUCUGUAGGGAUACACAGCGCUUCCUGCGUGUCCUCAUCGUUGGCGGGCCGGGGUAUAUCGCUUUCGAGUCUUUGAAGAAGUACCUGCAGUGCCAAGGUAUUAUGUCGUUGUCUACUAUUGUGCUCGUUAUCAUGUGCCCGGUGAACAUCGCCCUGAACAUUGCCUUCGUCCACUACACCUCACUCGGGCUCCUCGGCUCGGCGGUCGCCCUCUGCGCGACUUACUGGCUCUGCUUCCUCCUCCUAUGCAUUUUCACGUAUUUCUCGCCUACCCACGACAAGAACGGCACCUGGGGCGGACUUCAGCCCUCCCUCUUCUUUGAAGCGCGUAGCUGCGCCAUCUUCCUCCGGCUGGCUCUGCCUGGCAUCCUCAUGGUUGGCACGGAGUGGGCCGCCUUUGAGAUUGUCGCGCUCGCUGCCGGUCGACUGGGAGAAAUUCCGCUCGCCGCGCAGUCGGUCAUCAUGACCACUGAUCAAGUCUUGAACACCCUUCCCUUCGGAAUUGGUGUCGCCGCUUCCGCACGCGUGGGCAAUCUCAUUGGUGCCCGGUCUGCGUCUGGUGCGAAGCACGCCGCCCAUGCAUCAGCGCUUCUGAGCGUGAUGGUCGGCGUUGUGGUCAUGGUCACUAUGAUAGCAGCGAAGGAUGUCUUCGGUUACCUCUUCAGCGACGAUGAGGCUGUCGUGAAGCUCGUGAGCAAGGUUAUGCCGCUCGUUGCCUCCUUUCAGGUCGCCGACGGUCUCGCUGGCUCCUGCGGAGGCGUGCUUCGUGGUCAAGGUCGUCAGCACCUGGGCGCCGUCUUCAACCUUGUCGCGUACUACGUCCUCGCUCUCCCUAUGGGCGUCAGCCUGGCUUUCAAGACUUCCCUUGGCCUACAGGGUCUCUGGGUUGGUCAGGUCGUCGCUCUCUUCAUCGUCGGGAUCGGAGAGUAUCUCACGGUCUGGCUGUGGACGGACUGGGACAAGGAGGUUCGCAAGGGGAUCGAGCGUAACGAGGCAGAGGCGAAGGCGCGCGCUGCGGCGCUGGAAGCAGACGAGAUGUAGUGAUAGAUUAAAAGUAGUUUCUCCAACAAUGUAAGGCCUCUGUUUCUCUCUAAGAUAUACUCUACGUAUGGACAGACGUAUGCGAAGGUCGACGAAGUUCAACCGUGACGAGUCAC